AUGACGGUUCAUAUUUCAGAUGGUAAGAUGAGGAAUAAUGGUGUAUGACGGAGACAGAGGAUGUAACUUGAAGCCUGCCCAGUAGGUCAUAUUGUGGGAGUGAGAUGGAUAGCUAGGGAAGGAGAGAUUGGAGCCCAAAUUGUUGGGGUUUGGAGUCCACUCUGAAUAAGUGGAGGUCAAUUAGAGUUAUGGUGGUUGGGUUGGGGUGAAAAGUUGGGAUGUGUGGGAGGGUGAGAUUGAAACACACAUUCUCACUCUGGCACAAACUCACUCACUCAAUCACACACACACAAACAAGACAAACGCCCAAUCAAUCACAGCAAGGCAUACACUCUCACUUGUAUGCAAACACGUCCCGUCUUGUAGACACACUCACACAUACAGUACCAGUCAAAAGUUUAGACACACCUACUCAUUAAAGGGUUUUUCUUUCUUUUUGACAUUGUAGAAUAAUAGUGAAGACAUCAAAACUUUGAAAUAACACAUAUGGAAUCAUGUAGUAACCAAAAAAGUGUUAAACAAAUCAAAAUAUAUUUUAUGUUUGAGAUUCUUCAAAUAGCCACCCUUUGCCUUGAUGACAGCUUUGCACACUCUUGGCAUUCUCUCAACCAGCUUCACCUGGAAUGCUUUUCCAACAGUCUUGAAAGAGUUCCCACAUAUGCUGAGCACUUGUUGGCUGCUUUUCCUUCACUCUGCCGUCCGACUCAUCCCAAACCAUCUCAAUUGGGUUGAGGUUGGGGGAUUGUGGAGGCCAGGUCAUCUGAUGCAGCACUCCAUCACUCUCCUUCUUGGUAAAAUAGCCCUUACAUAGCCUGGAGGUGUGUUGGGUCAUUGUCCUGUUGAAAAACAAAUGAUAGUUCCACUAAGCCCAAACCAGAUGGGAUGGCGUAUCGCUGCAGAAUGCUGUGGUAGCCAUGCUGGUUAAGUGUGCCUUGAAUUCUAAACAAAUCACUGACAGUGUCACCAGCAAAGCACCCCCACACCAUAACACCUCCUCCUCCAUGCUUUACGGUGGGAACUACACAUGCGGAGAUCAUCUGUUCACCCACACUGCGUCUCACAAAGAUGCGGCGGUUUGAACCAAAAAUCUCCAGUUUGGACUCCAGAUCAAAGGACACAUUUCCACCGGUCUAAUGUCCAUUGCUCGUAUUUCUUGGCCCAAGCAGGUCUCUUAUUAUUAUUGGUGUCCUUUAGUAGUGGUUUCUUUGCAGCAAUUCCACCACGAAGGCCUGAUUCACACAGUCCCCUCUGAACAGUUGAUGUUGAUGUGUCUGUUACUUGAACUCUGUGAAGCAUUUAUUUGGGCUGCAAUUUCUGAGGCUGGUAACUCUAAUGAACUUAUCUUCUGCAGCAGAUCCUCAUGAGAGCCAGUUUCAUCAUAGCGCUUGAUGGAUUUUGCAAUGGCACUUGAAGAAACUUUAAAAGUUCUUGAAAUUUUCCAGAUUGACUGACCUUCAUGCCUUAAAGUAAUGAUGGACUGUCAUUUCUCUUUGCUUAUUUGAACUGUUCUUGCCAUAAAAUGGACUUGGUCUUUUACCAAAUAGGGCUAUCUUCUGUAUACCCCCCUACCUUGUCACAACACAACUGAUUGGCUCAAACGCAUUAAGAAGGAAAGAAAUUCCACAAAUUAACUUUUAAGAAGGCACACCUGUUAAUUGAAAUGCAUUCCAGGUGACUACCUCAUGAAGCUGGUUGAGAGAAUGCCAAGAGUGUGCAAAGCUGUCAUCAAGGCAAAGGGUGGCUAUUUGAAGAAUCUCAAAUAUAAAAUAUAUUUUGAUUUGUUUAACACUUUUUUGGUUACUACAUGAUUCCAUAUGUGUUAUUUCAUAGUUUUGAUGUCUUCACUAUUAUCCUACAAUGUAGAAUAUAGUAAAAUUAAAGAAAAACCCUUGAAUGAGUAGAUGUGUCCAAACUUUUGACUGGUACUGUACACAGAUAUUCAAAUUCAUACAGUACUAAACUCAGUUUAUCUUGCUGUGAUGCAUGGAGAUUUCCCAUAAGGCCAUGCCACUGCAAUCAUUGUUCUCAGAAACACAUCCAUGUCAUAAUCUCAGAGAAUGAAGUUACUAGUCCCAGAUGUAAGCGUGCUAUGUCAAUGCAGUGACAACAAUGAUCAUCAUUUCUGCAAAUAAACGAGUAAUCCCCAUGCUUGCUAUUUUUACUGGAUAUCUGAACUAAAUCUCUCCCUCUGGCUGCACUUAAUCCCACAUUCGCAGAAAUAAAGGAGAGUUCGGGAGAGAGAUGUUUUUUUUCUCAUGAAUUCUCGUUUUUUUUCUCAUUAAUUCUCCUUUUCUUUUCUUGGUUUUCUCUCAAUCUGUUUUUUUUUCCCCUCCCACCGUUGCUUGAUAAGCCUACUGUUGUUGAUUUGUUCAUGUCUCUCCAUCAGUCCUUUUUGGGUCGACGCCCUACCCCUCUCCCCCAGUUUGUGUGGCCGAUCAAUCAAUGGUCUUGAUUAGAAAGCUAUAGCUAAUCUAAUUUACAAGAGACUUAUCAUCUUGGUCAGUUAGGUGGAAAUGAUUUACCCUGUCUGCUUCCCUAUGGAAUAAACAGUGUGUGUGUGUGUGUGUCAGUUACAUAUGCCCUACUAUGCAUUGGUGGGUACUAUGUGUGUGCCUUGGGCCAUGUUGACUGCAAGGUUGAUGCUGCCUGUGAGCGAGUUACCGCUGUGUUUCUGUCCAACAGAGAUCUGUUUCUGGCUAGGUUGUUGUUGUGUGUGUGUGCGCCCAGGGUUCUGAAGUGCGACCAAUUUCGUCACAUACAACAAAAUAUUUUGCUGUGCGACCAGGAGUUUUAUUUUAGGAGCACUGUGCGACUAUGAAAAAAAAUCUCCCAGAUAAUAAUUGUUGUAAUGAUAAGGGUUCCCUGUACCGUUGUUUCCGAGUGCCCUAGACAAACUAGCGAGUGCAGAUUUGUUAGCGUCAUGGCUGCACCAUUACUACAACGAAAAACGCUUGCUUCUAGACUAGACCAACCAGGUCAAAAGAUCUGACCCAUAUUACCAGCGCAACAUUUUUAUCUUCCUAUAGCGGAACGUCGUGGGCAGUUCUAAAACUACUUGUGCGUCGUUAAACAUUCGUUUACACUUUUUUCAGCCAUGUUACCUCAUUGGCUAGUUAGCUAACAACCUGGUAACUUUACCACUAUAUCCAAACAUUUGGGGCCACAGAAAGAAAGGAAAAGUGAUAGAUUCUUCAGGAAAUCAAUGAUCAUAGCAUUGAAUGAAUGACAGAUCUCUUGCAUGUUGUCAUCACAAACCUGACUUUUUUUUAAAGAGAGUGUACAAUUUUCAAUGUAAUGCAUCUAAAUAGGAAAAUAGUGCUUUUACACAAUGUAGAAACCUAAUAUUCCACAAAUAACGUUUUCAUAUCAACAUUUUAGUUUUUAUAAUAAACUAAUGUAUUUACAGUGUUACAUCUUCGUUUGUAGGGCACACCAUGAGCUUCAAAAGUAGCUAGAAUUCAUAUAGGCCCAAUAUAGUCUGUAUCUCAAUCAAUUUAAAACAUAUUUUUUAAUAUGCUACCAAUGAUAUUUUUUUAUUUAGAGCCGUGUGUGCCUAUAUGUGUCAAUCUGCAAGCUUGCAUCAUAGGUUAAGAAGGGCUUUAUAAUUAAACACUGUUUCCCAGAAGUUGCUCUACCAAUAUGCUUUGCUCUGUGCGUGUCUGUAUGUACGUGUCUGUGUGAAAGGUGUGUCCCAUGGGGGAGGCAGUGUGUUAAAGCACAAGCUCCUAAAUAACUGACUGACUCACUGGCUCGCUCACACACACAUUAACCCAGACUUCCACGCUUACACACUGCUGGGCAACGGGUGCACUGCAUUGCUGUGAUUGAUGUUAACAUUCACAACCCCAAAGUAAAGCAAUACUGUAGCCUACUCAUUCAGCUUGCUCCUUCCCUCUCUUUUACCCAUUAUUUUUUCUGACAGAGCAUGAGUAAACCUCCCUCCUCCUCCCUGUACCUGUCUCUCCCUCUCUCCACCGCCUCCUCUCUCAUUUUGGCUCCUUUCCCUGUUCAAGCUGGUUCAGUGGUAGAAAGUUCAACGUGUUCAAUGUUAACUCUUUCCUUACUCCCUCACGCUAGAGUGAAUGUUCUCUGACCUUUACGGUAUAUUUGCCUCGAAUUAGUGAUUUUUAUGGUAAGUUUCACCCAUAUAAGUAAAUUUUUGCAAGUAUUAUCUAGCCAAUUUGGUGGUUUUUGUACUGCUUCCCAUACAAAUUGGGGGUAUUCUCUUCACAGAGUGCCACAGAAUAGAAUAGUAACUGGUGUGACUCAUUGGGGGUCAGAGUGCACACGGUGAUGAAGUGCCAUUGCCUCUAUCAGUCUGUCAGUCAUUCUGUCACUGCGGUGGUCUCUGAAUGCUGGCCGCCGCUCAGGCCUCCCCUCUUCACACGGCUUUGGAACUGCCUCAGGGAGAGAUUAAUUCUUCCUCCUGUCUCUGGGUCCUUCUCUGCUCCCUCUCCAUCUUUUAUCUCAUCUUUACAUGCUACCCCUUUUCAGUUCAUUAUUUCCUCACCUCCUAGUCUCCCUCUCUAAAGGGGGGAAGGAGGAAAGAAUGGUAAGAGGUGUGGAUUUUUUUAUCGUUUUUGGCACCCAUAGCCAUUCGUCACUAGGCACUUUGCCCUCUUUCUCUCUUUCUCCCAGCUUUACCUCUCCCUCGAGCAAACCCCCCCCCCCCCCCCCCCCCCUCCCUCUCCUUCCAGCCGCCAUGGGUUUUUCAAAGAACUCAAGCAAUUUCGACCCCUCUUUCAGUUGUUUGUCUCACUCUGUAUGCUUUUCUCGUCUUGUGUUUUUUCAUGAGGCAAUGGAAGUGGUUGAGCCAGUCUGAGAACUCUGCUCUGCCACUCUGAAUGGAGUAAAAUUGAGAAAAACAAAGGUGUGUGUGUGUGUGUGUGUGUGUGGAGACAGAAAGGGUUGGAUAGCCAUGUCUUCUGGGGUCAGUAGGUGGUGUGUUAGAUAAGGGAUUUCUACAUUGUCUAAGCAAUCUAAAUUGUAUCUCCCUCAUCUCCUAUUUCCUGCGAAAAAGGGUCGUUUUCCCCCAUUUCUCACUAAUCUCAUAUUAUUCCAUUAUAUUUCACCCCCUUUCUAGUCAUUUGUGUGAUUGUCACUUCCAUCCCCACUCAUUCUCUCUGUUUCUCUACCUCCCUCAAAUCCCAUAAUCUGCUCCCUAAUCUCUGUCUAGUGAAUUGGAAUCUGAGAAAACACGCUGAGAUUGCGGACUACCGGUAAUCUGAUGCGAUAGGCUCAAUGGUAUUUUUAUUUAUUUUAUUUUAUUAGGAUCCCCAUUAGCUGUUGCAAAAGCAUCAGCUACUCUUCCUGGGGUCCACACAAAACAUGAAACAUGACAUAAUACAGAACAUGAAUAUACAACAGCUCAAGGACAGAUCUACAUACUAGUUUUUUUUUUUUUUUUUUUUACAAAAGGCGCACAUAGCCUACAUAUCAAUACAUACACACAAACUAUCUAGGUCAAUGCUCAUUGGCAUAUGAGAAGGGAUGACUGGGUGUGUAGUAAGGUUGGGCGGUGUAGUAGGAUUGGGCAACCCAAAAUACUAUAUAUAUACACAGUUGAAGUCGGAAGUUUACAUACUCUUAGGUUGGAGUCAUUAAAACUUGUUUUUCAACCACUCCACAAAUGUAUUUGUGGAGUGGUUAGGACAUCUACUUUGUGCAUGACACAAGUAAUUUUUCCAACAAUUGUUUACAGACAGAUUAUUUCACUUAUAAUUCACUGUAUCACAAUUCCAGUGGGUCAGAAGUUUACAUACACUAAAUUGACUGUGCCUUUAAACAGGUUGGAAAAUUCCAGAAAAUGAUGUCAUGGCUUUAGAAGCUUCUGAUAGGCUAAUUGACAUAAUUUGUGUAAAUUGGAGGUGUACCUGUGGAUGUAUUUCAAAGCCUACCUUCAAACUCAGUGCCUCUUUGCUUGACAUCAUGGGAAAAUUUGAGAUUUUUGGUUCCAACCGCCGUGUCUUUGUGAGACGCAGAACAGGUGAAAGGAUGAUCUCCGCAUGUGUGGUUCCCACCGUGAAGCAUGGAGGAGGAGGUGUGGGGGUGCUUUGCUGGUGACACUGUCUGUGAUUUAUUUAGAAUUCAAGGCACACUUAACCAGCAUGGCUACCACAGCAUUCUGCAGCGAUACGCCAUCCCAUCUGGUUUGGGCUUAGUGGGACUAUCAUUUGUUUUUCAACAGGACAAUGACCCAACACACCUCCAGGCUGUGUAAGAGCUAUUUGACCAAGAAGGAGAGUGAUGGAGUGCUGCAUCAGAUGACCUGGCCUCCACAAUCACCCGACCUCAACCCAAUUGAGAUGGUUUGGGAUGAGUUGAACCGCAGAGUGAAGGAAAAGCAGCCAACAAGUGCUCAGGAUAUGUGGGAACUCCUUCAAGACUGUUGGAAAAGCAUUCCAGGUGAAGCUGGUUGAGAGAAUGCCAAGAGUGUGCAAAGCUGUCAUCAAGGCAAAAUAAUCUAAAAUACACUGCUCAAAAAAUAAAGGGAACACUUAAACAACACAAUGUAACUCCAAGUCAUUCACACUUCUGUGAAAUCAAACUGUCCACUUAGGAAGCAACACUGAUUGACAAUACAUUUCACAUGCUGCUGUGCAAAUGGAAUAGACAACAGGUGGAAAUUAUAGGCAAUUAGCAAGACACUCCCAAUAAAGGAGUGGUUCUGCAGGUGGUGACCACAGACCACUUCUCAGUUCCUAUGCUUCCUGGCUGAUGUUUUGGUCACUUUUGAAUGCUGGCGGUGCUUUCACUCUAGUGGUAGCAUGAGACGGAGUCUACAACCCACACAAGUGGCUCAGGUAGUGCAGCUCAUCCAGGAUGGCACAUCAAUGCGAGCUGUGGCAAGAAGGUUUGCUGUGUCUGUCAGCGUAGUGUCCAGAGCAUGGAGGCGCUACCAGGAGACAGGCCAGUACAUCAGGAGACGUGGAGGAGGCCGUAGGAGGGCAACAACCCAGCAGCAGGACCGCUACCUCCGCCUUUGUGCAAGGAGGAGCAGGAGGAGCACUGCCAGAGCCCUGCGAAAUGUGUCUGCUCAAACGGUCAGAAACAGACUCCAUGAGGGUGGUAUGAGGGCCGACGUCCACAGGUGGGGGUUGUGCUUACAGCCCAACACCGUGCAGGACGUUUGGCAUUUGCCAGAGAACACCAAGAAUGGCAAAUUCGCCACUGGCGCUCUGUGCUCUUCACAGAUGAAAGCAGGUUCACACUGAGCACAUGUGACAGACAUGACAGAGUCUGGAGACGCCGUGGAGAACGUUCUACUGCCUGCAACAUCCUCCAGCAUGACCGGUUUGGCGGUGGGUCAGUCAUGGUGUGGGGUGGCAUUUCUUUGGGGGGCCGCACAGCCCUCCAUGUGCUCGCCAGAGGUAGCCUGACUGCCAUUAGGUACCGAGAUGAGAUCCUCAGACCCCUUGUGAGACCAUAUGCUGGUGCGGUUGGCCCUGGGUUCCUCCUAAUGCAAGACAAUGCUAGACCUCAUGUGGCUGGAUUGUGUCAGCAGUUCCUGCAAGAGGAAGGCAUUGAUGCUAUGGACUGGCCCGCCCGUUCCCCAGACCUGAAUCCAAUUGAGCACAUCUGGGACAUCAUGUCUCGCUCCAUCCACCAACGCCACGUUGCACCACAGACUGUCCAGGAGUUGGCGGAUGCUUUAGUCCAGGUCUGGGAGGAGAUCCCUCAGGAGACCAUCCGCCACCUCAUCAGGAGCAUGCCCAGGCGUUGUAGGGAGGUCAUACAGGCACGUGGAGGCCACACACACUACUGAGCCUCAUUUUGACUUGUUUUAAGGACAUUACAUCAAAGUUGGAUCAGCCUGUAGUGUGGUUUUCCACUUUAAUUUUGAGUAUGACUCCAAAUCCAGACCUCCAUGGGUUGAUAAAUUUGAUUUCCAUUGAUAAUUUUUGUGUGAUUUUGUUGUCAGCACAUUCAACUAUGUAAAGAAAAAAGUAUUUUUUUGAGCAGUGUAUAUCUUUUUUGGUUACUACAUGAUUCCAUAUGUGUUUUCAUAGUUGUGAUGUCUUCACUAUUAUUCUACAAUGUAGAAAAUAGUAGAAAUUAAGAAAAACCCUUGAAUGAGUAGGUGUGCCCAAACUUUUGACUGGUACUGUAUAUCUCUUUUUUUUAUUUUAUUUUAUUACGGUAUUGAAAAUCACACCAUCAGUAUUUCGAAAUACUACUGUAUAAACAGUAUAUCGCCCAAGCGACAGUAUUAUGUAUGGCAAUCAUCAGUUAAGCAGACUUUACCUCAAUGACCAUAAUGACGGGUCCUCAAGGGAGGACUCGCACAAGCCGAUAUUAUUGUUGAUUUUGUAAAAUAAUUUUUUAAUAUCUGUUGGGGUGGGAGAAAGAAGGUUGCUACGUUUGAUUGAGUACAGGAAGAUAGUGAAUCAGGCCAAAGGUUUUCACAGAGGCAGUGUUAUAAGAGCGUGUAUGUGCAUGUUUCCCUACGAGUGUGAGCUUCCUGGCCUUGUCUUUUCCCGGGAAACAGCAUAUCCUGUCGACACAACAAACAAUACCGUUCUCGCACACGCAACCACCAAACCCUGUACUUAUUACUUAUGCUAUAAACUGAGUUUAUACAAUUUUCUCAGGAUCAUUUCAGAAAUUAACACUAUGUUUCCUGCCAGUGAGAGUAAUUGGAUGAAUAGUGAUUGAUAGUGAUUGAUUGUUUGAUAAGGUGUGUGUGUGCGUUCCAAUGUCUCUCUCUCCUCAAGAUUUUCCUUCUGAUCAUUUUCACCUCAAUCAACCCCAUGGGUGUUUUUCUGCCCGUCUCUCCUGCCUCUUCCUUAUCGACGCGCCAGACUUCCUCCUCCUCCUUCCUCCACCUCCUCCUGAAUGUUUUACAACCUCUCAACCCCAAAUACUGUGAUGAAAGUCUUUCCUGGUAAACAGGCGUAGGAAUAUGAUAAACAUGGAACUGUGUGUGUGUGUGUGUGUGUGUGUGUCCAGACUUGUCCAACUACAUAGUCAUUGUCUUUGCAUGUAUCCAUGCAUUUGUAAUGAAGUGUGUAGGAGAAUGUGUGUGUAUAUGGAACUGCAUGGGGUCGAUUAUUGUCUCUGAAAAUGAGCCAUUAUGUGUGUAUUGUUCUGUAAAUAAGGGUUGUUGUGUCUUUUUGUUUUGCGGUUUUUGUCCUUUUGGGGAAAUGGCUGGACUCUGGUUGUUAACUUGUUCCCACAGCGAUUGCAUGCAUAUUGUCACUAAUCUACAGUAUGGGUCUCUCUCUCUCACACAGCUUCAGUUACUGGUGCCACCUGGAGGUCAAGAAGUGUAAUGAUGACCUAUUUGCGUUGAAUAGAACAUCUCAGGCAAACCAACUUGUAUAGUCUCAAAGCCACUGGCAGGCAAACAAUGGUGAAUGCUCACAGACUAUUAUACUCUCGGAGGAUUGGGGAAAAAAUGAUGAAAAAACAAGGUUUAUCUUGUGGAAAUCAAUUCUGCAAAAUCUUCCUAGCACAGAUAUUUGCUUUUUGAGUAAUGUAAUUUCAGUGGUGACAUUUUUGGUCAGGCUCUUACAAAUGACUCCGGGACUGUGUUAGACAGUUAGAAAGAGCACACAUAUUCAUCUAACUCCCUGCGGUUCUCCAAAAUAAGGCAAUUAUGUUGCUGGUAGACUCUGGGGUUACUUUGUGGGAGGGGAAGAGUUAAAAUCUUUGGCCAAGGCCGCUGUCAGAAUUAACAAUGGACAAAGGUAAAGUAACAGAUAUAGAAAGGAGAGAGAUUGAUGACAGAAGUCAACACAACCCAAGUAUGAACCCGACUCUGAAUAUUAUGUUAAGAGGGAGGGGCUAAGAGAAUUGGACCAUUCUUGUUUCUAUUAACUGUGUUAGCCUCUCUACAAACAGUGGGUCACAAACUCACAUAUUUGGCAUUCCAACAAGGUCGGCUCUGAUUGGUUCGGCAAGUGCUGGGGGCGGGGGAGGGGGCGGAAUUAAAUGGGGCUCUAUUGGGCUUAUUGAGUGAUGCAAGAUGGACAGGGAGAGGGUGGGGAGACCUGACAGAGAUGGAUGGAUGGAGAGAUGAAACAAAAGAGAAAUGUAGCUGUGUAGAAAAACGUGAACUAGCACUACAGCAUAGCCAGACUUAUAUUUCAGAGUGGCUCUCCUCUCUCACGCUCCUCAAUUUAAAAAAAAUAUUUUAACUGUUUUUCAUUUUCCAGAGGAUAAAUUCAGAAAGAAAUGCCACCCCUGUAACCCAUGUCUUUCAUCUCUCUUUUUUAACACCUCUCACUUUCCAAUUUUCCCUCCAUGGUCCUAUGCACAUACACACAGUCACACACACACAGGACACACACUGUGUUCAGUCCUUUUUGAAGUCCCAAAAUCCAGAGUAAUACCCCCUCUCUGUUUGGGAACAAUGGACCCAGGGCCCCACCCUGCCCCUCUCCCCUCCACUCCCGCCCCCCCCCCUCUCUGGGCCUCUGUGUUGGCUCUAAGCACUUGUAUUAGGCAGAGUCUGGUGCCGCUGAAUGGACCCGAGCUCAGCCGCUGCUCCACCCAAUAAUCCGUGCUCGGACGAGCCGAUUAGGCGCCCCGCGGCAUUCCGAUCCACUCAGCCGUAACGCCGACCAGUCAUCUCUUAGGCCGUAUUAGUGUGGCAUUAUAACCCGAUGGUAAAAAAAUUAAAUCUGAGGUUAGCGUAAUUGCUCUAGGUUUGAGUGAUGGGUGAUGGCUCUAGACUAGUAGUAGAGCUCUGAUGGUGAUUGCUGUGGAGUUUCACAGUGGUCAGGUGUUGCGAGCUUGUCAGCAGGUGGAACCUCAUGUGCUUUUAAAUAGACAAACUGAACCUCAAAGCAGGUGAUUCUCCACACAACAUCCAUCUCUGGGCUUUCAAAUGCACGGGAGGAGCACAUUACUUGCUGACCGUGUUUGUGUGUGUGUGUCCAAGGACCCUCUGGUGCUGACUCUGCGAUUGUCCGACCUUUGAUCCUGAGUGAGCCCUCCUUCCCUCAGAUGUCCAACAUUCCACAGGGCGAUAGAGUGCAGCGAUGAGAGAGGGAGAUGGAGGGGGUAGAGGUGAAGAUGAAAGCAAAACGCUGGCCAGAGAGAUUCAAGUAGAUGGAUCAGGCUCCUGAAGAGGCUCUAAUAAAUCAAGGAGGAGGAGAGGAAGAGGUUCAAAUAGUCUGGAGUCUAUUUUUCACUAGACACAAUACACACAGACCGACACAGACACACAACCACUUGACAUUCACUGGCUGGCUGUAUGCUAUCGUCAUCAUUCAUUAUCCCCCCUUAUCAUCACACACACACACAGAUUCCUCAGCAGACCCAAUACACACACACACACAAUCGUAGUUGCAUAUCUGUCAUAGUUCCACAAAUCAUCCAUAAGUAGAGAAUGCGGUCACCCCUCCCUGGAGUUAUUUCUGUAAACGUUGCUGUCAUUAAAACUGAGCAUCCCAGGAACAACAGAGGGCAUAAAUCAGCUCUGUAAUCAUAGUGAGAAGCAAUUCAGGCACCAUUUUCAAUAUGGAGUCUGAAAUCAAGCGAGAGAAGCUGUUUAGAGUCUGCCAGAGUGAUGGUGACAAUGUUUGACAUUGUUAAAAACUUUUCAGUCAGGCAUUCUUUGAAGUGCCUUUAAUCAGUCGGGCUGCAAAAGCCCCCGGGAUAAUUAAACUAUUUACAAUUAAUAAAGGGGCCUCUCAUGGGUGUGUAUUCAGCCCCCUGUUCAUUUGGGUUAGUAAGAUAUUCCAUCAGAGGAGGGUGUGAAUGGUACCACUGUAUGAAACGGUGGCAUUGAUGAAGCAACUGCAACACUCACACACAGAAAGUUUAACACCGAGCAAAAGCCAUUCACAGCUAGAGGCCCCUGACCCUCUCAUUCAUAUGGCUCCCUCCUUCCCCUCACGCCCAGCCUGAGGGGUCAGGGUGGGGGGAGUGGGAAGCAUAAUUACCCCCCCCCCCCCCCCCUCCAGGGUGACUUUAUUACCCCUUUUUGUGUUUUAAUUGCACCACCCUUCGACCCCCUUUUGAUGAAUACUUUGGGACCAUACCACAAACAGCUUUCAAUCAGGGGGAGGGGGAUGGUAGAGAGGGAGAGAGAGUCUGUGUGUGUGUAUGUGUGUGUGUGUGUGUGUGUGCGUGCGUGCGUGCGUGCGUGCGUGUGUGCGUGCGUGCUCGGUCGCGUGGUUACUGUUUGAGGAGAAUACUAGGUCAAACACAGCAUACAAACAUGUUUGCUGAAUAGUAUUAUCGAUUUAGCUGGAAUUGUGAGUGGCAGGCAAAAUAACCACUCAACAGUGGAACUUGUAAACAGUUUGUGGCAGCUAGGCAAACUGUAGAUAAGCACUAAGCUGUCCUACAACACAGUCAGUGGAAUAAUAAUUACUGGCCCUGUGUUUGCUUAAUAUGUUACUAUUAUGCAGCUAGAUGGAAGUUGACGCGUUUCAUUAGUAUACAGAGAGAAACCGUUGCUCUUUUUACCGGCCCAACACUACUCUUGUCACAGUGCUGUUAAUCUGGUCAUCUGCAUUGAGAGAAAGCAGUGAAGCGAGGAGGCAGAGGGAGUUGUGCUGGAGGGGAGGGGGGAAGGGUAGUGGGCACUAGGAGUUUGGAGCCACAGUGUCUGUCCUUUAACCAGGGGGUCCACCGGUAACAAACAACACCAGCUAAUGAGCGACAAGGGCCUCUCUCUGCUUGUGCACUUUGAUCGUUACUCACACAUAUGGAUCUUGUCACACCAACACACACUUCCCCCCCGGAAUACAUCCCAAAUGUCACUUGUUGCGUUCAUUGCUUUCAUAGGGUGAUGCUGGAAUUCUCAACAAAAAAACAAAUACCCAAGAGCCAAAAUGUAUCCAAUGUGGAGUUCAUUGGCAGAUGAGCAAAUACCCACCCCAGGACUAUGGAGCAACCCAUCUCUCACAGAGCUGUGUGGUGUAAAGGCGUCAGCAUGCUUCAGUUUGACUUCAGCUAGCCAAACCGAAUGAGUGUGCUAGCAUGCUUCCUGGAAAGAUGUUUGCUUGAAAAAUGAUGGGGAAAGCGGCAAUAUUACCCCGGGACAUUAGAGGGGGAUGAGCUGGUAAUGGCCAUCUACAGCCAAACAAGGAAGUGACGACACACUUCCUUGUCCAGGUAGCUUUUCAGGAGUCUUAUGGCUUGGGGGUAGAAGCUGUUAAGAAGCCUUUUGGACCUAGACUUGGCGCUCCGAUACCGCUUGCCGUGCGGUAGCUGAGAGAACAGUCUAUGACUAGGGUGGCUGGAGUCUUUGACAAUUUUUAGGGCCUUCCUCUGACACCGCCUGGUAUAGAGGUCCAGUUGCCAUACCAAGCAGUAUUGCAACCAGUCAGGAUGCUCUCGAUGGUGCAGCUGUAUAACUUUUUGAGGAUCUGAGGACCCAUGCCAAAUCUUUUUAGUCUCCUGAGGGGGAAUAGGCUUUGUCGUGCCCUCUUCACGACUGUCUUGGUGUUUUUGGACCAUGAUAGUUUGUUGGUGAUGUGGACACCAAGGAACUUCAAGCUCUCAACCUGCUCCACUACAGCCCCGUCGAUGAGAAUGGGGGCGUGCUCGGUCCUCCUUUUCCUGUAUUCCACAAUCAUCUCCUUUGUCUUGAUCACGUUGAGGGAGAGAUUGUUAUCCUGGCACCACACUGCCUAUAGGCUGUCUCAUCGUUGUUGGUGAUCAGGCCUACUACUGUUGUGUCGUCGGCAAACUUAAUGAUGGUGUUGGAGUCGUGCCUGGCCAUGCAGUCAUGGGUGAACAGGGAGUAAAAGAGGGGACUGAGCACGCACCCCUGAAGGGCCCCCGUGUUGAGGAUCAGCGUGGCAGAUGUGUUGUUACCUACCCUUACCACCUGGGGGCGGUCCGUCAGGAAGUCCAGGAUCCAGUUGCAGAGGGAGGUGUUUAGUCCCAGGAUCCUUAGCUCAGUGAUGAGCUUUGAGGGCACUAUGGUGUUGAACGCUGAGCUGUAGUCAAAGAAUAGCAUUCUCACAUAGGUGUUCCUUUUGUCCAGGUGGGAAAGGGCAGUGUGGAGUGCAAUAGAGAUUGCAUCAUCUGUUGGGGCAGUAUGCAAAUUGGAGUGGGUCUUGGGUUUUUGGGAUAAUGGUGUUGAUGUGAGCCAUGACCAGCCUUUCAAAGCACUUCAGGCUACAGACGUGAGUGCUAAGGGUCUGUACUCAUUUAGGCAGCUACCUUAGUGUUCUUGGGCACAGGGUCUAUGGUGGUCUGCUUGAAACAUGUUGGUAGUACAAACUCGGGUCAGGGACAGGUUGAAAAUGUCAGUGAAGACACUUGCCAGUUGGUCAGCGCAUGCUCGGAGUGUCCUGGUAAUCCGUAUGGCCCUGUGGCCUUGUGAAUGUUGACAUGUUUAAAGGUCUAUCUCACAUCGGCUACAGAGAGCGUGAUCACACAGUUGUCCGGAACAGCUGAUGCUCUCAUGCAUGCUUCAGUGUAAAUACAACAACAUACCCCAUCCUUUGGUGAAAACGGCAUGUUGCUUUCAGUCUUCCCAUGCUUCAUGUGCCGAACAAGCCAGCAGCAACAUUUCUGGAGUAGCCUUUCCACCGGGAUCUCCACUGCGGCCCUUGUUUAUUUUCUUUGCUUUGACGUACUUGUCGCAAACCCUACCCCACUUUUUCGAACAAAUGGUUGGGUCGGAUCCCAGUGUUUCUGCAAUCUCCCUCCAUGAAUUGGACCACUCCCGAGUGGCGCAGUGGUCUAAGGCACUGCAUCGCAGUGCUAGCUGUGCCACUAGAGAUCCUGGUUUGUAUCCAGGCUCUGUCGUAGCCGGCCGUGACCGGGAGACCAAUGGGGCGGCGCACAAUUGGCCCAGCGUCGUCUAGGGUAGGGGAGGGAAUGGCCGGCAGGGAUGUAGCUCAGUUGGUAGAGCAUGGCGUUUGCAACGCCAGGGUUGUGGGUUCGAUUCCCACGGGGGUAUAAAAAAAUAAAAAAUAAUGUAAGUCGCUCUGGAUAAGAGCGUCUGCUAAAUGACGUAAAUGUAAAAUGUAAAUGUAUAUGCUGGUCUUUAUAUAAUGCAUGGCUAGAAUCGUACUGGUGAAGGUACUUUUGUACCUCCUCGGUCAAUUGAUGCUCGAAGUUGUCGUUCGCAAUGUUCAAUCCACACCGAGUUUCGGGCUGAAUUGACAAGAAGCAGAAACUCACGUCACCCUUACAAUCAUGGACGAAGGGGCAUCGAUUUCAGCUUCCGAACUUCAGCUGGCCCUUGAGAAAAAUGUGUAGUGUGCCUGAACAGCCGACAAAACCCUAACCGAACUCCAAAACAGCACAAACUGUACCGAACUGUUUCGGUUGGGAAGCAUGUGGAUGCCUUAAAAGGGGGUGGAUAUAACAUACCACACACUAGCUGGCUUUGUGAGAGUCCCCCAAAUGCAGAGUUGCACAUGUAUUCAUUGCAAAAGCAAUAAAACGAUCUAAGACACACAUUUGGGGCGCGUGUUGUGAAAACAUUUAAGCCGGGUGAGUUUACUCCACUUCUCUGUUACUCUGGGCACCCUGGUGAUGCAGGAGGAGUUGGUAAUGGAUAAGCACAGCUUAAGUAACUGAACACUGGGUGAGGGGGUGGUGGUUGUGUUGCUAGAGGCUAAAGCUAGCUGCUGCUCCCUCCAGGUUGGUGUGUGGUGAUGGAUGGGGAUGAAUGCAUAUAUCUGUGAGAAAGAAUGACGGGGAAGAAAGAAAUGUAGAGAAGGAGAGCAAAAGAGAAAGAGGAGGAGGGUGGGAGUGUAGGUGAUUAUUACUGGGUGGAACUAGGGGCCUCUUUACACUGCACUACUUUGAUGACACAAACCAGGUCCAGGAGAUAUGCUUGUGUAGUUUAGAGAGACAGAUAUAGAUUGAAAUCUCUCAUUAAGAGAUAUUUCCCACACUACCCCCUUCUAAGUGGAACCUCUCCCACACCACAUGUCCCCUAAAGAAUUACCUUAAUACUAGUAGACAGCAUUUUUGCUCUGUUAGCCAAAUAGAAAAUUAAAGGCUUUUAAAAUAUCCACACAUGUGUAUCAUUGCAUUAAUCAAGUGUGCAAUAUGGUUUAGAUGAGAAGCUCCUGUACAGUUUGAAUUGCUAUCCUUAUUUUGUUUGUGUAUAUACAAUGGCAUUUACGGUAUGCUAAUAGCUGCACUAUCACAUUAAGCAGGAAUCACAUCCCAAGGCUAGUGUAAACAGAAACGUUGCAAAUCUGAUGUUGAAGAGACAUACUGUAGAUCUCACUAGACAUAUUUUACAAAUGUAAAUCCACCCAUGGACUGCUGGUGUAAAAAGCUUGGAGAGGAGGACUGGAGGGAGGGAGGAGAGGCAGAUAGUCUGACUGUAUCUGCUCCCUAUGUGUGUAUCUGUAAUGAGAGGGGGAGUGUGGCAGGAGACAGAAACAGACAGGGACCAGACGUGUGUGUCUGUCCGUCUGUCCUUAAUGAAAGGGGUAAAUGCUCAGGAGAGACCUGGCCUCCUCAUGUUCAUGCCUCACUCUUUCGGGUGGCGGCGGUGGUGCGUUUGUGAUUAGGCAUUCUGCACCCCUUGUCUGUGCCUGCCUGAUGUCUAGCUCUGGCUGCAGUUUAGUGUCGAUACUCAUCUCCCGGCCCGGUGUCCUGAAUGACUGCUAAUGUUUCUCUGUAAACAUUGCUGGGUUCCAGGGGGAGCCGGGAUCAAUGUGCACUCAGGACUAGCUCCCAGCACAGACAGCACAGCCCAGAACUUCUGCUGCUGCUGUCCACAAUCAUCCAUAUUUAUACACACAUCCACUCAGCUCACUUUCCCACUUAUUGUGUUUUCUCCCGGCCUGCUGCUCAUACCUCUCCGUCUCCUCCAUGAUUUCCCCUGUUGAAUCCGGGGCACACGCCACCGGCCGAUACAUAAUCCCAAAUUUGAUAGUUGUAUUUUAUUGCCACUCCGAAGCCAUCGCCGUACUUAUCAAUCCCGGUGCCACUUGUGACUCGACUAAGCCCCUCCUUCCCCCUUUGCUCUUCGUCCUCAGGUUCCUAUGGGACAACUAUGCGGUGGAGGUGCGGCUGAACGACUACCUGGACAUCGUGUGCCCCCACUACCCGCUGGGCGAGUUGGCAUCGCAGGAUGCUGAGCGCUACGUGCUCUACAUGGUGGAGCGGGAGGACUACGACGCUUGCAAGCCUCAGUCCUACGACCAGAUGCGCUGGGAGUGCGGCCACCCCUUCGCCCCCCACGCCGCCGAGAAGUUCUCUGAGAAGUUCCAGCGUUUCACCCCCUUCACCCUGGGCAAGGAGUUCCGCCAGGGAGAGAGCUACUACUAUAUCUGUAAGUGUCUAGCUAUUUAUUUAUCCAUGUGAAUAAAUCAUUUCUAAAGAAUUUGUAAGAGAACUUAAAGGGACACUUCACCGAAAGUCAACGUUUGUUGAAUGUUUUCAGACCUCAAAAGAAGUCAGGAAAAAUGUGAGGGAAAAGCACUGCCGACGAUAUAGACGUGUAUGACCCUUGGCAAAGCACCCAGACAAACAAGUCGCCAUCUUAAAGGAUGGGAUAAAGUAAUCCCACCCCACCCAAAAAAAACAACAUUGUAAAGUGGUUAUCCCACUGGCUAUAAGGUGAAUGCACCAAUUUGUAAGUCGCUCUGGAUAAGAGCGUCUGCUAAAUGACGUAAAUGUAAAUGUUAAAGGCUUAUGUUAACAUUCAGUGAAUGUUGGCAUGCUAUGUUGUGCAUUAGCGCUCACAUGCUAGCUAGCUAGCAGAUAGCCGGUGGCCCAAUCACCCAUAGAGAGGCAAUGCUGUGACCCUGAGUGUGUUGUAAUUAUAUGAGCGACGGGACGGGACACACUCCGCCUGUUCACAAAUGGCUGCAGGCCGUGUGUGCACGUGCGUCUGUCUGUCUGUGGAGGUGGAUUAAGGCGACACAGGAGGAUAAGUGCAUUAGUUUAUCUGUAAUUAACGCUUGUCUUUGUUCCUUCCCCUCUCCAGCCAAACCUCUGCACCACCAUGGACAGGAGUGCCUCAGACUCAGGGUAGACGUCGUAGCUACUGAUGGUAAGUUUCACUGUUAGUGGUUGGGUGGAGAAGUGCACUGUAUAGGCUUUUGUUUGCGUCCCAAAUGGCACCAUAUUCCCUAUAUAGGGCACUACUUUUGACCAGGUCCUGGGAAUAGAUAAUGAUGAUGAUUUUAGCUCCAGGCUGCAGUAUGGCAGAGGGAUUGAUUGUUCUUUUUCUCAUCCAGGUUCUCAAGAGGCCAGGGUUGCAACUGGAGGAGCUGCAGCUGCAGCUGGAGCUGGGGGUGGAGCACACAACCCCUCCAACAGACUGCCUGCAGGUAUGUUAAUGAACAAACCAUUGGGCCAGUUGUACUUGAUCCUAGGACUGAACAUUUAGGGCCGGUUUCCCAGACACGGAUGAUACUUAAAAAUACAGUGCAUUCUGAAAGUAUUCAGACCCCUUGACUUUUUCCAAAUGUUGUUAAGUUACAGCCUUAUUCUAAAAUGGAUUCAAUAGUUUUUUCCCCUCAUCAAUCUACACACAAUAACCCAUAAUGACAAAGCAAAAACAGGUUUUUAGAAAUGUUUGCAAAACAAUUAAUUAAAAUAAAUUGAAAUACCACAUUUACAUAAGUAUUCAGACCCUUUACACAGUACUUUGUUGAAGUAACUUUGGCAGCGAUUACAGCCUCGAGUCUUCUUGGGUAUGAUGCUACAAGCUUGGCACAUCUGUAUUUGGGGAGUUUCUCCCAUUCUUCUCUGCAGAUCCUCUCAAGCUCUGUCAGGUUGGAUGGGGAGUGUCGCUGCACAGCUAUUUUCAGGUCUCCAGAGAUGUUCAAUCGGGUUCAAGUCCAGGCUCUGGCUGGGCCACUGAAGGACAUUCAGAGACUUUUCCUGAAGCCACUUCUGCGUGGUCUUGGCUGUGUGCUUAGGGUCGUUGUCCUGUUGGAAGGUCCUGAGCGCUCUGGAGCUGGUUUUCAUCAAUGAUCUCUCUGUACUUUGCUCCGUUCAUCUUUCCCUCGAUCCUGACUAGUCUCCCAAUCCCUGCCGCUGAAAAACAUCCCCACAGCAUGAUACUGCCACCACCAUGCUUUACCGUAGGGAUGGUGCCAGGUGUCCUCCAGACGUGACACUUGGUAUUCAUGCCAAAGAGUUCAAUCUUGGUUUCAUCAGACCAGAGAAUCUUGUUUCUCAUGGUCUGAGAGUCCUUUAGGUGCCUUUUGGCAAACUCCAAGCGGGUUGUCAUGUGCCUUUUACUGAGAAGUGGCUUCCGUCUGGCCACGCUACCAUAAAGGCCUGAUUGGUGGAGUGCUGCAGAGAUGGUUGUCCUGGAAGGUUCUCCCAUCUCCACAUAGGAACUCUGGAGCUCUGUCAGAGUGACCAUCGGGUUCUUGGUCACCUCCCUGACCAAGGCCCUUCUCCCCCGAUUGCUCAGUUUGGCCGGUCGGCUAGCUCUAGGAAGAAACUUGGUGGUUCCAAACUUCUUCCAUUUAAGAAUGAUGGAGGCCACUGUGUUCUUGGGGACCUUCAAUGCUACAGAAAUGUUUUGGUACCCUUCCCCAGAUCUGUGCCUCAACAUAAUCCUGUCUCGGAGCUCUAAGCGCUUGGUUUUUGCUCUGACAUGCACUGUCAACUAUGAGACCUUAUAUAGACAGGUGUGUGCCUUUCCAAAUCAUUUCCAAUCAAAUUGAAUUUACCACAGGUGGACUCCAAUCAAGUUGUAGAAACAUCUCAAGGAUGAUCAAUGGAAACAGGAUGCACCUGAGCGCAAUUUCGAGUCUAAGAGCAAAGGGUCUGAAUACUUUUGUAAAUAAGGUAUUUCUGUUUGUUAUUUCUAAUAAAUGUGCCAAAAUUUCUAAAAAACCUGUUUUCGCUUUGUCAUUAUGGGGUAUUGUGUGUAGAUUGAUGAGGAAAACAAUUAUUUACUCCAUUUUAGAAUAAGGCUGUAACGUAACAAAAUGUGGAAAAGUCAAGGGGUCUGAAUACUUUCCGAAUGCAUUGUAUAUUUCAAUGGAGAUUUUUCAUUGAUGAUGCUUUUUAAUCCAGGACUAGGAUUAAUCUGUGUCCGGGAAACAGGCCCUUGAAAUUCAGAUUAAGGAUGUGUUAACAUGGAAUAAUGUAUAUUCUAUAUUUUCUCCAUUCAGAUGACCCAGUGGUAAUCCUGCCAGAGGUCCAGAAAAGUGUGCGGACAAAUUCAGCGAUGUCAAAGGCGUCCUUCUCCAUCCUGUCAUUGAUGGUCCCAGUCUUAUUAUUACUGUUGUUACAGUGA